CUGGAUUUUUAGUAUAUAAGCAAAACUGGUCGCUGCACUCCAGACAUUAGUUAGCUACCCCACAAACUAAGCCAAUUAGCCACAAAAUGAUGAAGUUCAUGUGCAUUUUCGUCUGCGCCAUCGCCGCCGUUUCGGCCAAUGCGUACGGUCGCCAGGGUUACGGCAGCGUGCCCGUCGGCGGCUAUGCCUACCAGGUGCAGCCUGCUCUGACCGUCAAGGCUAUCGUCCCAGCUGGUGGAUAUGGUGGUGGCAGCUAUGGUGGCGGCUAUGGCAACAACAACUACGGACGCAGCAUUGAGGUGCCUGUCUCCGCCCACUACACCUCGAGCCGUGGAUAUGGCGCCGCGCCCGUCGAUCGUCAGGCCAUCUCCCUGGCCAAGCUUAGUCUGGCUGCACCCAAUGCUGGUGCUCCUCUCGUCUGGAAGGAGCCACGUCAGAUUGUUGAGCGCUCUUAUGGCCCUCAGCAGAGCUAUGGCCAGAAGCACAGCUACGGCUAUGGCGAGCAGGCGCAGGGCGCUUCGGCAGCCGCUGCCUCCAGCUCCGUGGCUGGCCAGCACUCUGGCUACAAGAACUCUGGCUACAAGAACUCCAGCUACUAAACGAGCUGAGAAACGCUACAGUGAAUACAAAGCUAACAAGCUUGGGACUUAUAUAGACGCAUAAGACAGUAGAAAGUAAUAAAAGCAACAAAACUAUAAAAACAUAAA